CUUGAGGUGCCAACUGGGGGCAUAUAAGAGCCAUGUACAUGGUACAUUACAGGGAGCCAAGUGGUUGUUUCAGUGAUGUGCCUGUGGUACACAGCCACCAUCAGCUACAUAGAUCUUAUCUGAAUUAUUUCUUCAUUUCUCAAUUACUUGGAAAGAUGCACAUUUAAUAUUAAUUUCCUUGUACCCUGUACGUGUACUCUGUUUAAUAUUCUGCACGUAUUCAACCAGGAAUAAUGUCAUGUUUCCAUGAAAGUGCUGCACAAGUUCUGCAUUUUAAAAUACACAACUGAUGAUCUUCCUUCUGACACUGUGACAAGCACAUUCACAAGGAAAUGAGAGUCCGAGCUUAAUAGCAUUACAAUGACAUCAUGAGAACUCCUUAGAUGGUCCUGUGUCAAUUGGAAUGAGUCUGGAUAUUGCAAGCAUUGAUACAAUAUCAGAAAUAAAUAUGGAUUACACGGCUACCAUAUUUCUAAGGCAGCGAUGGACUGAUGACAGACUUUGUUUUGAUGGCAAUAAGAGUUUAAGCUUAGAUGGCCGGCUUGUGGAAAUGCUUUGGGUACCAGAUACCUUCAUAGUUGAUUCAAAAAAGUCUUUUCUUCACGAUGUCACUGUUGACAAUCGUCUUAUUAGAAUAUAUCCUAAUGGAACAGUCUUAUAUGCUCUACGCAUCACCACGACUGUUGCAUGCAGCAUGGAUCUAACCAAAUAUCCAAUGGAUAAGCAGACGUGUACUUUGCAACUGGAAAGCUGGGGGUAUAACAUCAAUAAUGUCAUGUUUUACUGGACUAGAGGAAAUGAUUCAGUUCGAGGUUUGGACACACUCCGGCUGGCACAAUACACAGUAGAAGAUCACUUUACCUCAGUGUCCGAAGCGGUAUAUGAGACAGGACGUUACCCAAAGCUAGUGUUUCACUUUAAUCUCAAGAGGAACAUCUUGUAUUUCAUACUAGAGACGUAUGUGCCAUCAAUCCUAUUGGUUGUGCUCUCCUGGGUGUCAUUUUGGAUAAGCCAGUCAUCAGUUCCAGCCAGAAUCUGCAUAGGGGUUACCACAGUCCUUACUAUGACAACGCUGAUGAUGGGAGCCAGGACUUCACUUCCAAAUGCUAACUGCUUUAUUAAAGCAAUUGAUGUGUACCUUGGUAUCUGCUUCAGUUUCAUCUUUGGAGCACUGUUAGAGUAUGCUGUGGCUCAUUUCUGCACUGUGCAUCAACUCAGUUCAAAGGAACUUCGAAAGGAUGAUGAUGAAGAGGCUGAAGAAGAGAGGAAUGGAGUGCUGGCAGCCAUUGCUAACACUUGCAGUGCCCCUGACGAUACAAACAAGAUCCAGUCAAACAAGAGCAGCAAACCCAGCAUCAAUGGGAAAAGGGAGAAAAGUAAACACAGUGGGUGUAAUUCACCAAUGUCAGUGAUGAAAAGACUUUUCUGUAUCUUUGAUUGCUUCCAUGUUAAAAAUCCUUACCACAUAGAUAACUAUGCCAGAUUUUCUUUCCCAUUAUCAUUCAUCAUAGUUAAUGUAUUAUAUUGGGUAUAUUAUUUGUAUUUCUAAUUUUUUUAAUGUGUAAAAUUGAUUUAAAGUUUAGAGAGUGGAUAUGAGACAGGAAGCUGCAGAAUAAUGAAGAAGUUGCCUUUGGAUAAAGGGAUAUGAAAGGACAUGCCAUCUUUUCAAGCAUUUCUACCAAGUUCCUUGUUAACUUACUUUUCCAUCGUUAAAUGACUGUCAUGCAAAACUGACUUUCCUAUUAGCAUGUAUGUCCCAUAUUAAACUGUUUAUCAAAGGCCAGUAAGUCCCUUUUUACUAUUUUAAUGGUCAACUUUGUAAAGUAAGAAUUAUAUUACACUUGUUUCUGAACUGCAUUGAAUACAUUUAAAAAUAAAAACAAUGAAGUGUUG